GAUUGGUGAAUGGAUAAAUAAAUGAAUGAAUAUAAAUAUUUUUUUAUCUGACAUGGUCGAUGAUUUGCAAACAAACCGACAAAUAUCACACACAUCAACGUGUUUGUGUUAAUAACAGCCCCAUAAUCAUUUCAUUUGUAUAUCAUCAUCAUCAUUAUCAUCUUCAUCAUUAGUAAAAUUCGGUACAUUCGACCAUAAUUUUUUAAUAUAUUUGUUGUUAUGCUCAGCUCUUAUAUACAUUGUACCUGAAUCCGAUGAUGAUUCGCUAAUAUAUUUAAUAUUUUCAUUAACAAAAUGAUCAAUUAAUUCAUUAUAUCAUCAUUCAUUUGAUCAUUCUUAAACAUUCGAAUAUUAUAUAGCUGCGUUAUAUUUGGAUAAAAUUCCAAAGAAUAUAGAUUUCGUUGUGUUCGAUCAGAGAAAAAUAUCAAUAAUAAUAAUAAUAAUGGAUCUGCCUGAAAUAUUGAAAUCAAGUGCCGAUGAAUUAGAUGUAUUGGAUUCUGAAUUUCAACGUCUUGAUUAUGCUAAUCGUGCCUAUUUUAAAAGUUUAAAUGAAAUGCUAAAAAAUCAGAAUGAUUGUUUCAAAGAGAUUAAACAUCAAAAGUAUCGUCUUUCACAGAUUAAUGAUCAAUUGAAAAGAUAUAAAUCAUAUGCCAAUGAUAAUGAAAAAUUGUCCAAAAUAUUCAAUCGUAUUGAACAAAAAUCCAAUCAAGUCAAAGAGAUUGAAGAUACAUUGCCAAAAUCUAACGGUUUCUAUUUGAAUCUUGUUCUUGGUUCAAUCAAUGUUAAUCUAUUAGAUCGUCGACAACAAUUUGAUUAUAAAGAACAAUAUGAACGUUUUAAAUUAUCUGUCACAUCGGUGCUACUGAUCACAAGUUUCAUAAACAUUUUUGCUGAAUUUAGAGCUCUAGAUUCGAUUUUGCAUUUCAUGUUGGUCUGGUAUCAUUGUACAUUAACUAUUCGUGAAAGCAUUUUGGUUGUGAAUGGUUCCCGUAUCAAAGGCUGGUGGCGUGUUAUACAUUUCCUCACAUCGAUAACAACUGGUGUUUUGGUUGUAUGGCCUGAUGGAUACAGUUAUAAAAAAUUUCGUCUUCAAUUUUUAACAUACAUUUGUUAUACUAGUUUUCUUCAAUUUUUACAAUAUUAUUAUCAAUAUGGUUGUCUUUAUAGACUUCGAGCAUUAGGUGAACGUUAUUCAAUGGAUAUUACUAUACAAGGAUUUCAUUCAUGGAUGUGGAAAGGUCUUAGUUUUCUAUUACCAUUCUUAUUCAUUGGUUAUUGUCUUCAAUUCUAUAUUUUCUAUACAUUAUAUCAUAUGUUUAUGUAUGAUCCUGAAAGUAUUGAAUGGCAAGUACCUGUCGUAUGUUUUAUGUAUCUGGUCAUUUCAUUGGGCAAUCUGGCCACAACCGGUCUAGUUGUUUAUCAGAAAAUCAAAAACAAAAAUCUAAUCACACCAAUCAAACAAAUUACCAGGAAAAUUAGCCGGGCUGUACUAACAAAAGAGCAAUAAUAUAUCUACAAAACAAAAAAAAAAAAAAAAAAAUAAAAUAAUCAUAUCCAACCAUUGAUAAUAAUUUCCAUAUACAAUCAUAAACAAUGAAAGUGAAACAAAAAAAAAAUUCGAUUGAGACAUUUUCUAUUUUUUUUUACUUCAUUGUAACAAUAUAAUUUAUAAUGAGAUUAUGAUGAUGAUGAUGAUUUUAUAUUAUCAAAAUUGUUUUUUAAAAAUUGA